AUUUCUUGUUCUGAUGGUAGACUCCUACCCAAGGCAAACUGCGCCCUGCUCGUGCGGCUAUUUAAGCCACGCCGGGACUCACGGUGGCAUCAGACGUUGUCCUGCUUCUGUAACACCAAUAUGAGGAUCCUGAGCGUCAUCCUGCUGGCCAUGGUGCUGUUCAUGGGAGCGUUCGCCGCCCCUCCCACUGCUCCCAAGAAUGUGGUCAUCGACCUGGAUAAGAACACAAUGAGUCACGAGCAGUACGGAGAGCCAGGCACAGCUGUGCACGGCAGGUACAAGGUUGAGAAACCCAACGGCGAAUGGUACACCGUCGAGUACAGGGCUGACCACACCGGCUUCCACGUCCUCAACUAAGCACUGACGACAGCGACAUCUGCUGAGGAAAGGCCGACACAGACAGUGACUGUGGCACCAACCUUACGUCACCUUUCCAGGGCGCAAUUGGAGACACCUUCUGCAUCACGACCUUUCCUUCUCUCCUUUGACAGUUCCAUGAACUCCAUAAAUCACCCUCUUUCCUAAAUAAACCUAUCUCAAGUUUC